AUUAGUGAUAUGCUUAUAUGUACAUUCUAGUCAAAAUUAUUUUGAUGAUCUUUGCUUUAAAAAACAGUUAAUUACUCAAUCAUUGUAACAGUUCAAGGAAAUUUAUGCAUGUACAUACAUUGUAAUAUCAUUGCACUGCAAGGUUAAAAGAUACUGAAAGCAGGAGAGAAGAUAAGAUAACACACCUAUAUGCCCAUGUACAUGUACUUGUGGCUAUAAAUGCAGUAUCAAUAUUGAUAUUGACUCAUAAAUCAAGUCAAAAAGAAGAUGGGUAGACUAGUAGAGUAUAUACUGUUACUUCUAUCAGUUGUACUAGUAGUAUCUACAUUGACUGGAUCUGCUAACAAUUACUACAAUGAACCUACUGGUAAUAAAGGAUCAUUCAAAGAUUGUUCUGUUAGUGAGAAAUUUGCUGAACUCAUUAAUGGAUCAAUAACAACAAAUCCAUUGAUUUGUGGAAAGGCAUAUUAUUAUCAAGGAUCUUUAAAUAUCAAGAAAACCAUACAAUGGGGUAUACUGCAUUUCACAUUGACACAUCCUUUCAAGAAUUAUGCUAAUAUUACUUUCAUGGAUGAGAAGUUUAAUUUAUGCGACUACAUUUAUGAUUUAUUCAAGGUAUAUUGUCCUAUGCAACCAGGAACAUAUCAUACUGAUGCAGUAGGAUUAAUACCAAGCAUCUUAUGGCCAGGUAGGUAUUAUGCCAAAGCUGCUAUGUACAAUAAGGAAGGAGAGGAAAUUAUGUGUAUAAGUACAGAACUUACCGUCAAAAAACUUGAAUAAAAAUAGUGGAAGCACAUAAAUGCAUAAUGACUUUAAUUUGAUUGUGUUUUCUUAAUAAAUGCUGCUCAUUAAAACAUUAAUAAUAAUAAACAA